AUGACACACUUGGAGAUGGUUUAUCUCAUGAACAUUGGGUUGUUUAUACCCCACACUAACGACAUCUUCGUUUUCAUAAACGUGAGUAAGAAAUGUCAGACAGCUAUUCGAUCUCUUCUUAUUUCUCCAUGGUACAACCAGAAGUUGGAUGUUCUAUUCUCAAAACGAGAGACUCUUUCAAUUCAAUCAUUCCACCAAUACAAUCCCAUCGUGUCACAACUUUUCAAAUCUCCAAUUCGUGUUGAAUUUCUAGAUCCUCCAAUUCUAUCCGAAAUCCCAGAUUCUCUUGUUCCGCUCACUUCAUCUGGCAUCAACUUCCCGCGAUCUCCUCUUUCAAAUUUUUUCGAACUUAAAAGGUUUAUUUUCCAGUUUGAAUACGAUCUCAGUAAUCUGCAAGAGACCGAAACGACUCUAAUGCAGAACGACUGGGAUGGAUUAGCUUCAUUGCCAAAACUCAAAAUUGUCAUAAUCAAUUGCAUUUACAAAGCAACACCUUUUCUCUUUUCCUUUGAUUCCGUCCAUUCUUUCAACAACAUUUUAGUCCAACUCACAAAAAAAUUGACCAGUCACGGGAACUUCCGUGUUGUUUUAGAAAUGAAAGACUUGGACGACUAUUGUGUAAACAAGCUUAAAACAAGCGAUAGAGUAUUUAUGAUGUUAACCGGCGUCGUGACGAAAAGCGUCGUAAACGCACUCUUGAAUAAUUCUUUAAUUAUUAAAAAUUCAAGGAAAAUACUUUUUAGCUACAGCCAAGUGAUCGACGGGACAUUUGAAAGACUCUCAUGGUUAUACGCCCCAUCAUCUGUAAUUUUAAGAUCCGUAGAUUCAUAUCACAUCGUUCUGUCUCCUGAAGAGAGUGAAGAUGAGAUUGAAAACGACGGAACGGUUGGAACGCAAUAUUUUGAUUUUUCAAAAUUUUUCUUCGUCGAGGACUUUGACGUAUUGUUUGACAAAACUCACAUUGAGAUUUUAUUACCAACAGAGAAUUUGAAAAGACUUUCGACAAAUUGCAAAGUCAUAAAUUUGCCUGAGAUUCAAUUGGAAUCACUCGAAAUACGAUCGUUUGAAGAAAAGUUAAAUUUUCCACAGACGUUAAAAGAUUUAUCACUUUUCAACUCACCUCUCACCGAGAUUGAGGUGCCAGAACGGCUAGAGAAUUGUUCAAUAAUGCAAUGUGAUAAAUUGGUGAGUCUCAAAGUGCCAGAGAAUGUGACACAACUUAGAGUGACCAAUUGUUCUUUUCUCACUCAACUUACUAUACCAAAACGAACGAGAAAUGUGACUUUAAUAAACAUUGGUAUAAAAGUCGUGACACUGCCGACUACUCUCACUUUUAUGUGUAUUGGAAGAGACGUUAUAAUCAACAAUGAGGCAGAUCUCAAAAUUCAUAAUUCAUUCCUCAGACUUAAAGGAGGUUGA